UCCAUACCAGCCCCUCCUUCCUUUUUUGAGCAAUCAUGGCUGCCCUUGCCCAAAAGUUGGGAGAGAAACUACAGUCCGUACGCUCUGGAAAUCCUCUUGUUCAUCAUAUCACAAACUUUGUUGUGAUGGAAUUGACUGCAAAUGUUACCCUUCACGUUGGAGGUAGCCCUGUGAUGGCUCAUUCCCUGGAAGAAGUGACUGAUAUGGUAAAACUGGCAUCUUGCCUGAACAUUAACAUGGGGACUCUGGAACCAAACUGGGUAGCUUCAAUGCUCGCUGCAGGCAAGAAGGCAAACUCUCUGGGUGUUCCGAUUGUAUUUGAUCCCGUUGGUAAUGGGGCUACCCCUUAUAGGACAGAAACUGCAGCAAACCUCAUCAAGGAGCUGGAUAUAUCAGUCAUACGUGGCAAUGGAGGAGAGAUUGGACUAUUGGCAGAUAAAGGAGGUCAAGUUAAAGGCGUGGAUUCUGUUGGAGGGCCUGAAGAACCAGCGAAAGUAGCUAAGGCACUUGCAAACAAACUGGGGACUAUUGUUGCAAUAACUGGUCCAGUUGACUAUGUAUCUGAUGGUAAAAGUGCAUUUGCUAUUAGAAACGGCCACAAGUACUUAGCCCAGUUGACAGGGACUGGAUGCUCUGCUACAACAGCCAUUUCUUGUUUUGUGGGUGCUAAUAAGGAGGAUAAGCUAAUGGCUACUGUUGCUGCUCUCUCCUUCUUUGGAUCUGCGGCAGAAGUUGCAGUUAAGGAGAGUAGUACUAAAGGUCCUGCUUCAUUCAAAGUCAACUUUCAUGACGCUCUUGCUAACAUGACAGUUGAAGAUUUUGUUCAACUUGUCAAAGUUGAUGAUGUGAGCGAUUAAUGCAGUUAUGUUUUGACAUAAAAUAAUUUUCCCCUAUAACUUUCAGAAGCUGCUUAUAAUUAUUUUAAAUAAUUAAAAAAUAGUUGUUUUCUCUGUGUGUGCAUAGAACUAAAUUACAAUAGACUAUUUGUGUGUAUGCAUUGUAAAUCAAUAAUAAAUAAAUAUA